UCACUUGAGCGGCACACGCCAGUUCUAUAGAAGCACAUGUUGGACACUGGUUCCCCUGGGGGGGCCUGGGGGGUAGUGGGAGGCCCCAAAACACACACACACACAUGCACAGCUGAAUUUACAUGUCGGUUAUAAUGCAAAGCUGUGUACAGGCCAUCCAGAAAAGCAGGGAAGACCCACCCCUCUACCACAGAACAGAAAGCAAACCCUCCUGGCUGUGCUGAUAGUGUGAGCUCUGCGUUCGCUGCUGGUUCAUUCAAGGCCAUACACACGCACACGUGCACACAUAUCUGGAUUUUUUUGCUUUCUCCACGACUGGAUAGAUGACUCUGCAGGGGCCUUGCUAGAGACGGAUGCUUUAGUGUGACCGGGCAAUGAUACCUCUGACGGUGCCUCUCCGGUGUCAUGAGCUGUGUCUUCUCCUCGCUUCUGUGUAACUUCGCCACCUGGACUUCAGCCCCACCAUCCGCUCACCUAUGCCUGCAGGACCAUGGGGAGCGUCAGCAGCCUGAUCAACGGCAACAGCCUCAAUACGAAACACUGCAGGGCGUCUGAGUACAGGAUUAGAAAGGGAACCAGCCAUCACAGAAAGAGUGGCGGUUGCAGCCUAGACGGCUUACUGAACUGUGGUUUCACUCAGGGCUCCUCGUCCACAGCUCAUCCCUCCAAAGGCCUCACCCACUCCCGCUCGGGACGAAGUGAAGAUUUCUUUUACAUCAAGGUGAGCAAUAAAACGAGGUCGGCCAAUCACAGAGGAGUAUCGAUGGAGGACAAAGGGAACAGAGAUGGGGAGUCAGACGGGCGACUGCAACCAAAGCUGCUGCUCAUGUCGAGGAAAAUGAAUGAGGCGACCACUGCUGAGAAGUCAUUGGUCCGUUCCACUGCCUUCAAGCCUGUGCCUCCCAAGAGUACAUCCUCCACAGAGACAGGCCACAGCAGCCUGGACCGCAUCCUUUGUCCUCUGGAGAAACCAAGGAGUUCAGAGUUUAAACACAACACCUUUUCAGGGACUCUGUCAGACUCCGGACGUAACUCUAUGUCCAGCCUCCCCACCCACAGCACCAGCGGCAGCCUAAGUGCUUCCACAGGCCCCGUCAGUCACAGUGAUGGCAGCUCAGCUCCUGCAAAUAGUCUCGGCAAGGCAGCACAACCCAGUUUGCCUUCAUGGGUCAAGGGGAAUAGCACUAACCUUGACUCUAGCUACAGGACUCCUUUAAACACUGAUGGCUUCGCAACUAAGGCUAAUGGAGAUGCCGGCUCCCCAUUUUCCGCAGAUAAGUCAAGCCCUCUCUCUGAAACAGCAGGUGGGAUUCGAUCCCCCAUUACCACAGAUGAGUCGCUGAUUGAACGUUUGGAACAAAGGCUGUUGGAGCGAGAGACUGAACUGCAGGAGCUACAGGGGAGUUUUGAGGAGAAGGAAGUAGACACCUGCCAGCUCUUUGAUGAGAGACAGAGGUACUGUUCCGAGGAGAUGGAGGGGCUGAAGCAGCGAUGCUCCACAAAGUUACGACAAGUGUCGCAAAUGGCUGCAAAAACCCAGCAAGCGCUCCAGUUGCAGGUCAGCCAGCUCCAGGCAGAGAAGGAGAGGCUCCAGGAAGACGUUUCAAAGUUGACCCGGGAGAAGGAUCUCAUCAAGCUCAGGCUGAGGUCUUACGAGGCCGAGAGCACACAGUUGGCGCCGACACUCGAGGAAACUCAGUGGGAGGUGUGCCAGAAGACAGGAGAGAUCUCACUGUUGAAGCUGCAGCUGAGAGACAGCAAAGCGGACGUCAACAUCCGGCUAAACGAGAUAGUCAGCCUCAGGGCGUCACUGAAGGAGAACGCAGUGAAGAUGGAGAUGCUUGAGAAACAGAAUAAAGACCAUGAAGACAAACUGCGCUCCCGCACUAUAGAGGCCGAGGUUUGCCAAAAUGAACUCCAACGCAAGAAGAACGAGGCUGAUCUGCUGAGGGAGAAAGUGGGCAAACUCGAGAAAGACAUUCAAGAAAUGAAACAGGAUCUGGUUGUGGCCAAAGAGGAGAGGCUGCGACACAGUUUGAACCUCGAGGCCAAUGCCCAGACUCAGGAAAAACUAAUCAAAGGCUCCGACUCCCCCACCCAGGGCCGGGGUGAGGAGAACAGGGAAGACGCCUCCACAGAGUCACUCCAGACAGAAGUGGGGCGACUGAAGCGGCAGCUCAGGGAGGAGAAGGACGCUCAGGAAAGGCUGGCGAACACCUUUGAGCAGGAGAGGCAGACCUGGAACAGGGAGAAGGACAGAGUCAUCAAGUACCAGAAGCAGCUCCAGAUCAACUACCUGCAGAUGCACAGGAAGAACCAGGACCUGGAGAGGAUCCUGAAGGAGCUGACCACUGAACUGGAGAGCCGGACGGAGCUGGGAAUGGACAUCUACAGCUCAGGGUUACAAACAUACGAAGACGUUAUUGCCACAGAGAUUUGAUGUGAGCACUCACUAACAAUGUUGUUUUCACCUCAGAUAUUUAUGUCACAACAACUGGAGCUCACUGCUAACAAGUCUUUUACUAUGGUUAUUUAAUAGAAUAUGCAUAAUCUAGUUUGUUUGAGUCCAGGGCACAUUCUUGUGAUAUACUUUGUGAUGACCAUGCUACUACUUGUUUAAAAGUAAAUACUAAGUUAUUUAAUGUUCAAAUGAGAAUAUUCUUUAUUUUUUACUAUGUUGACUAAAAAAACCCCUCAUCAUUAAAAUCACGCAAAAUUUUUCUCAUUUAAAAAUCAUUAUUAGUUGUUCUACAGGCCAGAGUCAGCUGACUCAUCUGUUUCAUGACUAAUGUCAAAUGGUCGCACAUAAAGCAUGAUCGAGGUUGAACACAUGUCUCCUCGGUCAGAAAAUGAGAGUGAUUUAUCAUCUAUUGUGCGUCUAGGUUUGAACCUUAACUUACGUGGCCCUGUCUGUUUAUUUUAUUGUGUGCUCCCGAAGAGGGUUGUGCAUGGAAAUGAGUUUUAACUAAACAAAUGCACAGGUCUUCUGAUGUGAUAAAGUGCAAAAAAAAUGGUUUCCACUACAAAUACAUGUUGAGCUGUCAUGUGUUGUCACCCUUAAAUUAUAUCCAACAUUGAAUAUCAUAUAGGUUUAAUUGCAAAAAUGCAAUAGUGGGAUUAAUAUAUAUUAUUAAAUCAGUUGUAUGUUGUUUUCAAUUUUCCCAGUUCUGUAUAUUCGCCACUUCGAGUAACUAGUCAGGUAACCUUUAAAAUCACAUGCAACAUAAAUUUCACUCCACUGAU